AAAAUAACUGCGUUCUGCCCUCCACCUUCUGCUCUCCUGUUCUGUCGCAAAUUCACAUUCACCUUUAGGCCAAAUCAUUGCAAAGUCAUACCCCAACAGACCGACAAACAGCAAAAAUGCCAAAGGUUCUGGUUACAGGGGGUACUGGAUUUAUUGCAGGGCAUUGUAUCAAGCAGCUGCUUGAGAAGGGCUACGAUGUUGUGACUACUGUGCGAGACCCUGAAAAGGGCGCGAAAUUGGUCAAAACUUUGACUGCCAGUGGUGGGAGUAAGCUGAGUUACCAAAUCGUGAAGGAUGUGGCUCAGAAAGGGGCUUUUGAUGAGGUCGUCAAAUCAACACCAAACUUGGACUUCGUUCUUCACACAGCAUCACCAUUCCACUACAAUGUUCAGGACCCCGUCAAGGACUUUCUCGAGCCUGCAGUGACCGGGACCACCAGUAUACUCGAAGCUAUCAAGGACAGUGCCCCUUCGGUAAAGCGCGUGGUGAUCACGUCGUCCUUUGCAGCAAUCAACCAUGGAUCCAAUAAGAAACCACCGUUCUACGAUGAGUCGGUCUGGAACCCUAUCACCUGGGAGGAGGCAGCGCAGGACAAGACAAAGGCAUACCGUGGAAGCAAAACGCUGGCCGAAAGAGCUGCCUGGUCCUUUAUGGACACGGCGAGGCCAACCUUUGACUUGGUCACUAUCAAUCCCUCACUCGUUUUCGGUCCGGCCGCUCCACACCUUUCGUCGGGCGACUUGGACAGCUUGAACACCUCGAAUCUACGUAUAUUGCAUAUGAUCCAGGGCAAGAUGAAGGAGAAGCUGGAGCCCACGGGUUUCUACAGCUGGGUCGACGUCCGCGACGUCGCGAUUGCACAUGUCAUGGCCCUUGAAGUGCCCGGCGCCUCCGGUAAUCGUUUCCUCUUGCUGACGGGCUAUUAUACGAACAAGAGGAUCGCUGAGGUUAUUGCAUCAAUGAGUCCCGAGUUGAGAAAAAAGCUGCCUGCCAACCUUGACGAGGCCGAAGACGAUCUACCGCCUCCGGAAGAGCGGUAUCUGUUCAGCAACAAACAGUCGAUUGAGGUGUUGGGAAUUGAAUAUACGUCUUUGGACAAGUCGGUAAAAGACACAGUUCAAUCGCUGCUAGAAUUGGGCGCUUGAAUCGGUCCUUGGUAUAGACUCUGCCGCGCCGCUAAGCCAGGACCUGGACACCUUUGAACUCAUCUUGCAAUAAUGAUAUUCAUUUCCAGACUAUCUGACGCAUACCUGAUAAAUCGAGCAUCCGAUUUCAA